CAUUAUCAAAAGACGAAAAACUAAGCGAGAGCAGAGUUAGAAUUUGGUGAAAACCACUAUCUCCAGAGACAACCGUGCCGAUCACACGAGGAAAAUAGAACCGACUGACAACACUGAAAGAUGGAGUGUAUAUUUUAUCAAGUGGCAUUAAUUUUAUUGACGACGCUCCUAAGCGAAUGCGACACAAGGCCACACACCUCAAGAAAAUUGUUAUCUAAUGGACAACCUCCUUCAUUUGAGGACUUUGACAGCAGUUCACAAAUUCGACAAAUGGCCGAACGUACGUUAAAAAAACGCCCGCAGACAGUGAAGAGAAUUUUAAGAUCGUGGAUCAGAAGAAAACCAGUUCCACGGCAGCCUAAGACGGCAGCAAAAGAUGCUCAUCUGGCUAAUCGCACCGCCUACUUGGCACAGAUCAACAGCUUGCAGGUUCGAAAUCGUCGCUAUGCGCUAUCAAGUUCCUCGUGGGGUCACAGAAAUCUUAUCUGGUAUGCCAACGUACAACCCAUGGCUGCAGCGGUUUUUACGGCGGCAUUUAGGGUUUGGGCAGAAGUAAGUAGAUUCACGUUCAAGCGGCAGUCUCACUUGGACAGUAACGUAGACAUACAACUCAAGUUUCUCAAAAAUGGUCACAAUGAUCCGUAUCCAUUCGACGGCCCUGGCAACAGUUAUGCGCAUGCUUUCUAUCCUCCUCAUGGUGAGGUCCACUUUGACGCUGACGAGAAAUGGGAUAUCCCUUAUACCCACUGCGCAGCAUUCUUUAACAAAACCAUCUCACCCGUCCAACCUGGCUGUAAAAGUUUAUUUCGUGCCGCAGUUCAUGAGAUAGGACAUAGUCUGGGUUUGAAGCAUUCUUCUGUUUCGACUUCCAUUAUGUAUCCAACCAUAAGCCUGGACACAACAGACGUGUGUCUCGAUGAUGACGAUAUCGCGGGUAUUCAGCAUCUUGCAGGUAAAUGUGUUCCCAGAGUGAAAAGUAUUUUUAGCUGGCGUAAACAUCAGAAUGGUGUUUGGGCGACUUACGUCAUGAAAGGAACAAAUUACUGGAAACUUGACGCAGAAACUACCGUUUCUAUGCCAACCUAUCCGCUGGGUAUAGUCAAUGGAUGGGUUUCUUUCCCAAUGGACCCCGAUGAAGUUUUUGAUUAUAGCACUGGGGAUGUCACGUACAUUUUCAAAGGUUCAGAGUAUUGGAAAUACCACAAUUAUGGAGACGUGAUGUACAGAGGCUAUCCCCUAAGUAUAGCCGGUAAUUGGCCAGGGAUACCAGACAAUAUCGAUGCUGCCUUUUCUACUCUUAAUCAUUAUACCUACUUUUUUAAAGGUAACAAAGUUUAUAAAUUUAAUCAAGGAUUAGAUACUACAAGUGCAGGGUACCCGAAACUUACUUCAGAAGAAUGGGACGGUGUUCCUAACGAUCUAGAUAGUGCUUUCGUCGAUAGGAAAACGAAUACGAUCUACUUUUUUCAUCAAGAUUCUUAUUACGCGUGGAACACAACCGCACAAAGAACAAACUCAGGGGGCCUAAUCGGUCAUACUAAAUUUUUUGAAAUAUGCGAUAUAUAGAUAUAGUUUAACCCUGUUCCUCAGGGCUAGCAAUUAAUUUUCUCAUGGCAAAAGAUGUUAAAGAGUCCCUAAUCCCUGUGUAUAGUUGUAGAUUACCUUUCAAGCGUUUGACAAUAAGCAGCUAAAUAUUGAGUUUAGUAUGCAUUGCUUUGGUACUGAAAGUUGUUACAAAUUUAAAAUGUCCAUAGUCUGUGUUAAAGGAGUCGAAACAACCGCAACGGCAGUAGUGGAUACGAAUAUCAUGGUUGAGAAAAAGGUUUCAUGGGCAAUCAUUAAAGUUUUAAUUUAAACAUAAUUCUAAUUUCCCUCGACCUUAUCCCAACGAAGUGGUCGUUUUGGUUGUUUAGACUUCUCUUAAUUUCAAGUGAUAUAUAAUAUUGUGACGACGCAACAAUAUCGUUGCGCAUCGACGCUGUUUCUAACAAGUGUUUUCUAAUACGCUGCAAGAAACAUAGAGACACUUACGACAGUCAGUUUAACGACAAGAGGCUAAUAUUUCAAAAAACAGAACGCCUCGCUAAGGAAUCGACCCUACUUGGCAAAAACUACAUUGUCAAAAUACCCGACGAACGCCGAUCUUGCGUAAGAAUUUUUUUAAAUGACGAUGGGCAUUUUCAAGAACGUACGGAAAAGCCCUGAUAUGUGUCAAUGAUUAUAAGGACUGUUUCAUCAACUCAGGUAUGUUAGUGUACAUAUCAAAUGACGAGCACAUUUCCCCAUGACAUGUGUGAUAUAGUGCAUUUCAUUUCAAAUCAUCUUGAGCUCGUCUCAAGCUUAGCUCGUGAUGAGAGUGAUCAAGAUAAUUUUGUUGCUGUUUAGAAAC